UGAUUCCCCGUAUAAACCAAAGCAAAGGAAAAAAAUAAAGGAAAAACAGAGAAAUCAAAAGAAAGAAAAAACAAUGGCGGUUCCAGGCAGACGCAAUGGAUUGCUCGAAGAUGACGAAGACGAUGAAAACCCUCUUUUUGAAGAAAAUGGUCUCGACAUGGACCUUGAAGCUGAUACCCCUCCUCACCUCCGCGACCUCGCCGCCGCCGCCCAGCUCGGCGACCUCAACGCUCUUCGCCUCGCCCUAGACAACAUUAAUGGCAGCAUUGAUGAACCUGUAGAAGAUGGUGACACAGCUCUCCAUCUUACCUGCCUUUAUGGUUAUCUGCCUUGUGUUCAGCUACUUUUGGAAAGGGGGGCUAAUUUGGAGGCCAAGGAUGAAGAUGGGGCGGUUCCUCUGCAUGAUGCUUGUGCCGGGGGGUUUGUUGAGAUAGUACAGCUUCUACUCGACAGAGCCAGCAACAGUGGAUGUCUUAAAAGGAUGCUAGAUUCAGUCGACGCCGAAGGUGAUACUCCUCUUCAUCAUGCAGCACGAGGUGAACAUGCGGAAGUGAUACAAUUGUUACUAGCAAACGGAGCUUCUCCUACAAAGACCAACACAUACGGAAAGAUCCCACAGGAGCUAGCUGAACCCGAAACGGAGGCUUGGAGAGUUUUUGAAGCAGCUGCUAGUGCUCAGACCACCCAGUAAAGCUACAAAGUAAACCUAAUGGUUCUUAAAAAUUGGUUAGCCAGUGUUUUAGGGCAGUUGAGAGCAAAGGUUUUUUGAGGCUAAGGAUCAAAAUACUUUUUUCUCAUUGAAUUUAAUAGGCUAGUUAUCUUGGGUGGGGGGGGGGGGGUUCUAUAAAUUCAGAUAUUCAAUUAUCUACCCUUUUAUUGUCAAGGAACAAAAUCUCAUACAGAAAAACAGAUUUUAUGUGGUGCAGUUACUUGUUUUUAGUGA